AUGUCUCAGAAAAAGCAGCCUACACCUAUGCCCCCAGUGAUCUGCGGCGGCGGCGGCUCCGGCGGCGGCGGUGGUGGCUCCAGCUGCGGCGGGGGCGUCAAGUACUUCGGGGGCGGCGGCGGCGGCUCCGGCGGCGGAGGCUCUGUCUGCUACUCUAGCGGAGGCGGCGGUGGCUCCGGCGGCUGCGGCGGCGGCUCCGGCGGCGGCGGCUCCGGCGGCUGCGGCGGCGGCGGUGGCUCCGGAGGCGGCGUCAAGUAUUCCGGGGGUGGCGGCGGCUCCGGCGGCGGCGGCUGCUGGUCCAGCGGCGGUGGCAGCUCUGGCUGCGGUGGGGGCUCGUCCGGUGGCGGCGGAGGCUGCGGCGGAGGCUCGUCCGGUGGCGGCGGUGGCGGCGGCGGCUGCGGCGGCGGCGGCGGCGGCUCCAGCCAGCAGGUCACGUGCCAGAGCUACGGAGGCAUGUCUAGCGGCGGCUCCUGCGGCGGCGGCUCCGGCGGCGGCUCCUCUGGCGGCGGCGGCUGCGGGGGCGGCGGUUACUCCGGCGGCGGCGGCUGCGGGGGCGGCGGUUACUCCGGCGGCGGCGGCGGCGGCGGCAGCUGCGGCGGGGGCUCCUCUGGCGGCGGCGGCGGCGGCUACUGCUACUCACAGCAGGCCACCCAGACCUCGUGCGCGCCCAGCUACGGAGGGGGGUCGUCUGGCGGCGGCGGCGGCUGCGGCGGCGACUCCUCCGGCGGCGGCGGCGGCGGCGGCGGCGGCGGCGGCGGCAGCGGCGGCGGCGGCGGCGGCUCCUCCGGGGGCGGCGGCGGCGGCUGCGGCGGCGGCGGCUCCUCUGGGGGCGGUGGCUCUGGGGGUGGCUCCGGGGGUGGCAAAGGCGUCCCGAUCUGCCACCAGACCCAGCAGAAGCAGGCGCCCAGCUGGCCAUGCAAAUAAGGCCCCCUGGACGCCACGGAGGCAAAGGAGCUGGAGGUGUUCUUCGUGCACGCCAAUGGGCUUAGUGGUCUCAUGAUAUUACCAUGAGGUUUCCAACUACUUCACGUUUCAUCCACCUGGAAGAAGCUAUUGAACACGCAUCAUGUAUCUUG